AUGAGCCAACAAAAAUCAACAACAACUGCUACUAGUAAUGCAGCAGCGAUGCCUACUACCACCAUGAACAAUCUUGCUACUGCUGUGCUGCCGCGGCCUGUGCGUCGGGUACUUCAAAACUUUCUUCUGGUUUGGCUUGAUGCCAAUUUCAAUGAAUCAAAUGAAGAUUUCAAAAGAUCAUUACAACAAUUACGGCGUAUUGUGGUAUCAAUCACAGCAUUCACAGAUGCUCAAGAAUGCAUCAAUUUUCUCAGUGAAAUAAAAACAGAAAAAGUAUUCAUGAUCGUAUCUGGUACACUGGGAUGGCAAAUAGUACCAGAUAUUGCAGCAUGGCCACAAUUAGAAUCAAUUUAUGUAUUUUAUGACAAUCAAGUGGUCCAUGAACAAUGGGCUAGAACAAUACCCAAGGUAAAAGGUGUGCACACAAGCAUCGAACCGAUUUGUGAAGCAUUACAAAUCGAUCGUGAAAAUUGUGAUCGGGCUAUGAUCUCGAUCAGUUUUAAUGGUAUUGAUCCGUUAUUUAUGUAUACGCAAUUACUGAAAGAAACGCUUUUGGAUAUUGAAGACGACGAUGCAAAAUCAAUUAAGGAACUUACUGAAUACUGCCGUCUUCAAGAUGAUAUUGAUGAAGGCGAAAUUAGGAAGGUCGAAAACGAAUAUCGUGACCAUACGCCAAUUUGGUGGUAUACAGCCGACACAUUUAUCUAUUCUAUGCUUAAUCGAGGCCUUCGCCUCAUGGAUGUCGACAUUAUAAUUAAAAUGGGCUUUUUUAUUCGUCAUUUACAUCAACAUAUUGAAAAAUUAUAUCAUGAACAACCCUAUUGCAUACAUAUGUAG